AUGAAGUUCCCCUGGGCGGCCGGGCUCGCCGGGGCUUUGGCUCUCUUAUUUCCCGCCGCAUCCGCUGAGAAUCUGUUCGAAGCGUCGUCCAUGACUCCAUGUUCUGACGAUGGAAAAAUCUCCGUGAAUCACUUCAGCGUCGUCUUCACACCAGGCAACUCCACAGCUACUAUCGCCUUCGAUGGCAAAAUCGAUUACACUGGCAAAUUUAAGAUCAUAGUGUCCCUCUUGGUCUAUGGAUACACUGCGAUAUCCGAGACCAUCGACCCAUGUACCCUCUCAAGUAACGGCCUGGGAAUGUGCCCUAUCUCAGAGGAACAAUUGACCAUUCCAACCGCCUCGUUAACUAUCGAUUCUUCUGUGCUAAGUGAUAUUCCAAACAUCGCUUAUACGGUACCUGAUCUUGAUGCCAUCGUGCGCUUGCAAUUGAUCACCUAUACAACUGCGGAGGAUAUCAGCUGUAUCGAAACGCGCGUUCUGAAUGGCAAAUCGGUCGACCAAAAUGCGGUCGCUUGGGUUGUCGCGGUCAUUACGGGGCUGGGCCUCAUCACCACAGUGGUGCUUUCGAUUAUGGGACACACCGUGAUCGCCACUCAUCUCAACUUCCGAACCAUGCUGUUCCUGGGCUUCAUGCAAACCCAGGCCAUUGCAGGCAAUGCCGCCGUCAAUUUUCCUCCGAUCGUGCAGUCGUGGACCCAGACAUUCCAAUGGACCAUGGGUAUCCUCCACGCCAGCCCUUUGCAGAGCAUCGCCACAUGGUUCCAACGCGCCACCGGUGGAACCCCUGCCGAUCUACUUUCCUUGACGGGUAAGGAAUCGGUUUACCUUGCAAAGCGCUCGACCGACACUACGAGCGGAGGAACCGAACAGACCGUGAGGGGUAUUGAACGAGUCGGUUUCCGCGCAGACAUUGAAUCUUCCAACAUUUUCAUGACGGGUUAUCUCUUCUUCUACUUCGUGGCGAUCCUUAUCAUUCUGUCCAUCCUGUUCCUGCGACUUGUGUUGCCUGCUUUGUCUCGGAAGAUUAACAACAGCAAGCUGGCACAGGCUGCCAAUGCGACAUCGGAGUGGCAGACGUUCAUGCGAGGCAGUCUCUACCGCGUUGUGUCGCUUGGAUACCCGCAGAUGUGUGUCAUCUGCAUGUGGGAACUGAUCCAGCGAGACUCAGCGGCGGAGAUUGUCUUGGCAAUCACGAUGUGGCUGGUAAUGAGUGCCGUCCUGCUAUAUGCUGGAUUCAGAGUCUUCCAGCGCGCAAAGGCAUCCAAGGCCUUGAACGAACACCCGGCCUAUACACUCUAUUCCGACCCCGUCACCCUAACCAAGUGGGGUUUCUUAUAUAUCAACUACCGCGCGCAAGCAUACUACUUCAUUAUCCCGGUUUUGACCGCCACCGUCGUGCGCGGUAUGAUCACAGCCUUCGCCCAGUCCGCAUGGAUUCCCCAGUCCAUUUUGCUAUUGGUUCUGGAAGCCGCCAUGAUGAUUGUGACUAUUGUAAUCAAGCCGUACAUGGAUCGGGCCGCCAACGGAUUCGCCAUUACCGCGACCGUGCUCAACUUCUUGAAUGCGGUCUUCAUGCUCAUCUUCUCUGACGUCUUUAACCAACCCCAGAUGAUGACUAGCAUUAUUGGUGUUUUGUGGUUUGUUUUCAACUGCGUUUUCACCUUGGCACUCUUGAUCUGGCUGCUCAUUGGGUUCUUCUACGCCUUCACUCUCAAGGAACCCGAGGGCAGAUACAAGCGCCUCUCCGACAAUCGGGAAUCCUUCCGAAUGUCCGGCAUUGAAAACCGGAUGACCACCGAGCUUCUCCCGCUGGAGAAGACCGCCCGUGGCGACGACAGUUCCAGCAGACUUGGAUCUCGCUGGAAUAUUGACGAAACCGGACACGCCGAGUCGAACCACGAAUUGAACAUGUCUCUGGGCCACCAGGGAUCCCGCUAUAACAUCGAUGACCGAUCACCCACUCAAACAAACGAAAAGCUGGGCGGGCCUCCGCGAUCGCCCGUCCACGACGUUUUAGAACCUACUCUCCCUCUGAUCCCAACCAGCUCCGAUAGCUCGGGAAGGCGAUCACCCGCCUCCCCGGCCUAUAGCCAUCCUUCAAGACGGCCAUGA